CUUCUAAUCCAACGCUUCCCGUUUAUCUAAUUUUCAAAUCUAAAUCUCCACCAGAUGACCUUACUCAAGCAUAUCCUCCUCUCUUUGACUCUAUCAGAUCUAAACGGCCACACAUAAACACAAGUUUGAGUCUUUAAGCUUCAAAGUUACCAACUUUACCGUCAUCCCAAGACAGCCAGAUGGUGGAAGCGCAGACAUGGACUACAAGGCGGAUGAGCAACCCAAAACUGGACUCAACGGCCACUGCCGACCACGAGGUUCUGGACAUUCCGGUGACCCCAACUGCGGACGUUAGGAACAACAUCUACACCGUUGGAUCUCAUCUCUCUCCUAACCUUUUGACGGCACUUAUCAUUGCUUCCUGGUUCAUGUCCAACAUUGGGGUCCUUUUACUCAACAAGUAUCUCCUCAGCUUCUAUGGCUACCGUUAUCCAAUCUUCCUUACCAUGCUUCACAUGAUAUCAUGUGCUUCUUACAGCUACGUAGCCAUAAACUUCCUCGAAAUAGUCCCAAGGCAGCACAUUUUGUCGAGGAAGCAGUUCCUCAAGAUCUUUGCUCUGAGCGUCAUCUUUUGUUUCUCUGUGGUGUGCGGGAACACUUCCUUAAGGUACAUUCCGGUGUCGUUUAACCAAGCUAUUGGUGCUACGACGCCUUUCUUCACCGCCAUUUUCGCUUUCUUAAUCACUUGCAAGAAGGAAUCCGCCAAGGUUUAUUUCGCACUUUUGCCCGUGGUGUUUGGGAUCGUAUUGGGUAGCAAUAGUGAACCCCUGUUUAACCUUUUUGGCUUCUUGGUCUGCAUCGGUUCCACCGCUGGUCGUGCCUUGAAAUCCGUAGUUCAAGGGAUAUUGUUAACCAGUGAAGCCGAGAAGCUACACUCGAUGAACUUGUUGUUGUAUAUGGCGCCUGUGGCCGCCAUGAUAUUGUUACCAUUUACUCUAUACAUCGAAGGGAACGUUGCGAGCGUCACGUUAGAGAAAGCUAGGAUUGAUUCUUUCAUUAUUUUCUUGUUGCUUGGGGAUGCUACGGUGGCCUAUUUGGUGAAUUUGACAAAUUUUUUGGUUACUAAGCAUACAAGUGCUCUCACUUUGCAGGUGUUGGGCAACGCCAAAGCCGCAUUGGCAGCGAGUGUAUCGGUUAUGAUCUUUAGGAAUCCGGUGACCGUGAUGGGAAUGACCGGAUUCGCCGUUACAAUAAUGGGGGUGGUGCUUUACAGCGAGGCCAAGAAGAGAUCUAAGGCACAGCUCGCGGCACAUUGACAUCAAUAAGUUCAAUUUUCAAAAGAUAAGAUGGAAUUCAUUUUGAUUGCCUUUUUCUUUUCCUUUUUGUCGUUCACUACAAUAUCUUGCCUUUUUUAUAUUUUUUGUAAACUUUUGGUUACAUUCAAUGGAGGGAAAGAAUCCAAGAGGAGAUUUUGGAUAAAAAUGAGAAAAUUGUGAUUGGAAUUGUAUAGGAACGAGUGAGGGAAAAGUAUUGUUUCUGGGAUGGUUUAAGAGAAUAAAAUUCUCUCUAUGUAAUCUUAAUAUAUAUAUAUAUAUAUAUGCUUUUGCUGCAUUAAUAUGGACUGAUAACAAGACCCAAACUUGCUGCUGUUAUAUUCUGUAGCUUGAACUCUUACAGGAUUGACAUUCUUUGGUAUUGUUUCUGAUGUUGUAACUUCAUUUUCUGAUAAAUUUUGUUAUCAGUUCUAAAUCACAAAUGCCUUUAGGAGCAAAAACAUGUUUUUGUAUGAUUGAACAGCCUAUAGGCCUAUUUCUUGAUAUGCUUUGAGGUCACUGACCAUGCAUCUACUUUCCUCCUAGGUGUGCCUUUCAUUGAUGAACAAGCAUGCCCUAUGCUUUUCAGUUUAUUUUAUUGGUGGAUGUUAACUUUGAAUUUAAAGCCAUUCUGGGAUCAUUUAAUUCAUUUCCGAGUAUGAAACAGGUGUUUCAGCCUGAAGGCAACUUGUUCCCUGACCUGUUUAACUUGACGUCGCUGUUUAUGUGCCUCAAUGAUGCCGGUUGCCAUGAAUGUGUCUAGCAGUUUAAACUAUUAACUUGCAGCAGGGAAGGAGUUAAGGUUGCUUUGUGGUGGUUGAAACAUAAUUCUCGGGGUGGCUAGCUUUAAAUUAAUCUGUGUUGGUUGAAAGCAAGAAUUUUGAAACACGUCAAACAGGGUUGUCUCGUUCAAAUUUGGACAUCGGUUAGAAGGCAAUUCAAACAAAAACAUGACCUAUCCCUGUUUGUUUUAAUCCCCCGUCUUCCUUGCAAUGGAUACAAGAAGUUGAUAUUCUUGCUUAGCAUAAAACAGGACAUAGGAGCCAUUUGGCAGAGACUUGGAACAUUUGCACAGAAAUUGGUUCAAUACAUGUUUACAGCAACAUCAACCGCAACACAUUUUACAGG